AUGCAUCAAGACUGCUAUGGAAUUCAAGAGAUUGUAGACUUCUGGAUAUGUAGAGGCUGUAUAUAUCACAAGCAGUUGGCUGCAUGUAUGUUUUGCUCAUCAUUGAAAGGAUGCCUGAAGCAAACAUCUGACAACCAAUGGGGACAUGUAUUAUGUGUAGAAUUCAACAAGACGCUUUCUUUUGCACACCCAGUAUCAAAGGAGCCGAUUGAUGUCGAAUAUUAUAUCAAAAGAGAAGGAUGUAUGUUUUGUGCAAGCAUAUAUGGAACUGUGAUAGAAUGUACCUAUUUUAUGUGUAGUAGAAAGUAUCAUGUUACAUGUGCACUUGAAAAAUGUUAUUUUGAUAUGAGUAACAAGCUAUCUUAUUGCGAUGAGCAUGAUCCACUUGAAAAGUGGAAAUGCAAUAUGAAGGCUUUGUCAUUGAGGCAGUUUGGAUACAAACGUUUGAGCAAUCGGCCAAGAAUACGAAAAAAGAAGCCCGAAGUACAACCAAGUCGAACUCUGUUCAUGAACAUAUGCAAUCUAUUCCCAUGUGUGACACCGCAAAUGCUUGAAAGAAUUGUUGUAAAUGAUAUAUGUGAUACUGAAGCAAAACACGAUGUAAUGAACAUAUGUGAGUAUUGGGAGUCAAAGAGAAGACAAAAGGAUACAAUGAUAACUCUGCAAGAUUGGUAUUUUGGCAAUACGGCUGGUGAAGCAUGGUAUAAGAAAAAAUGUAAGUGUGUGGAUGAUGUGCAGCAAAAGCUAUGCCGAAUACGGGAAUCGAACCCGUGA